GGGGUCCAGAGGAAUACGGAUGGGUCGUUUUCUGAGACACGGGGUCUGUUUCUCGCACUAAAAGGAAGGAAGCCAGUGUGUAUUUGAUAAGGGGAGCAGCAAAGUAGAGUUUGUCAGAUUGGCGUGCAUAACAAUGGAGUGAGUGUGUGUGUGUGUGUGUGAGAGAGAGAGAGAGAGAGAGAGAGAGAGAGAGAGACCCCAUUGCUGAAGGAAGCAGCCUCACUUUAUAGUUAGACCUGAUGAGAGCAAAAGAAAGAUGCAUCGGCGAAUGGUGAUGAAGAGAUAAAAAGAUAAGGAUUUGAGAUAUUAGGCAUUAAAUUCUGGGUAUGGAAGAAAAGCAGGUGAGAUUCAUGAGAACAGAGAGAUAAAGGUGGGGGGAGGUGGUGGGGGCGGUGGUGCUGCUGCUGCUGAUUCUAACGAGACGAGAUUGGGAACAUUCUGAGCUUGGCUUUUUUUCUUUUCUUCUGUGAAAAAACAUUGUGCUGCCGGUGUGGCAAACAAGAAAUGAAAAACACCUCAUCUUUAUUGAUAGGGUUUGGUCUUUUAAUUGGUUCUUAAAUUUGUGGGGUUCUGGUUUGUGCCCUGCAGAUCGGUAUAGUAUAGUGCCCAUGCAGUGCGUAUGGGAGUUCUUGUGUCCACUGGUAGGUAUUGAUUCUUUGGACUUGGCAAAGUGAGAUCCAGGACUGAGAAGGGUGAGGAGUAGGUGCAUUGGGACGAUUGAAAGUGAAAAGAAGCUUUGUUAGGUAUCGUGCAACUUUAACGGAGAAGCAACGGUAGUGGGUGAAGAUUUGUGAAGAAAUGUGAUUUUCCUACUGCUCGGGUCUUGAAAUUUGUGGUCCAUAAUAGGUCUCGGUAGCGUUUGUGAAUUGAUUAUAUUAAUUAACCACAGUGCAGAGAGAGCAGAAAUAUGCAUCUGUAGAGAGAGAGAGAGAGGAGAUAAAGAAAUGAGGAAAGGCGGUGGUGUCAGGUUUGAGCAAGUGGUGUGGUGUUGUGAGGUGGGGUGUCUUUGGUUUUGAGAAUUAUUUAAAGUGUUUUGAGAGUUGUGUGAGUUGAGAGAGUUUAUUGGCAAUGUCUCCUGACUGACCCUUUGAGCCCGGUCUCUUUGGCCUCUGUUGCCCAGCCAGGAAGCAACUUCUCCUUUCAGUCUUUUUUUUGCAGAGUUUCCAUUUCUACACCAUCACAACAAAUCCUCAGUCUCUCUCUCUCUCUCUCUCUCUCUCUCUCUCUCUCUCUCUCUCUCUCUCUCUCUCUCUUUCUCUGUGGCCUCGUUUUGUGGGAAAGAUUCGGUCAUACCAGAAGACUGAUCAGCCUUCCCUGUGAUCCAUCCACCCUUCCCUGAACUGCAGAAACUUGGUCACAUUCAUUCAGAAGCUCUGUCCUCAAAUUCUGGGAUUUUCCUUUCCGCGAAUUAUAUUUCCAUCUGAUGCAGUUUUGAUUGGCAGUGACGGCACAUUUGGUAAUUUAGUGGAGGCCCGAAAUUGGAAUCUGAGCGGUGAAACAGAUCUUAGGCAAAAUGAAGUUCAUGAAACUUGGAUCAAAACCUGAUUCAUUUCAGACUGAUGGGGACAACAUCAGGUAUGUGGCAACAGAGCUGGCUACUGACAUUGUCAUCACCAUUGGAGACGUGAAAUUUUUUCUCCACAAGUUUCCGCUUUUGUCCAAGAGUACCCGCUUGCAGAAGCUAGUUGCAACAACAAAUGAGGAGGCAAAUGAAGAAAUCCAGAUUCAGGAUAUUCCUGGUGGACCAGCUGCCUUUGAAAUAUGUGCAAAGUUCUGUUAUGGUAUGACAGUCACGCUCAAUGCAUACAAUGUGGUUGCAGCUCGUUGUGCAGCAGAGUACCUUGAGAUGUAUGAAACCGUUGAAAAAGGAAAUCUCAUCUACAAAAUUGAAGUUUUCCUCAACUCUAGCAUCUUCCGUAGCUGGAAAGAUUCAAUUAUUGUUCUUCGAAGUUCAAAAUCUCUUCUUCCAUGGUCUGAAGAACUGAAGGUGGUCAGCCAUUGCCUGGACUCGAUAGCAUCCAAGGCUUCCAUUGAUACUUCCAAGGUGGAGUGGUCAUACACUUAUAACCGGAAAAAACUUCCGUCAGAGAAUGGGAAUGAUCCACAUUGGAAUGCGGUGAGAAAACACCAGAUGGUUCCAAAGGACUGGUGGGUAGAAGAUCUAUGCGAGCUUGAAAUUGAUUUAUAUAAGAGAGUCAUAGUAACAAUCAAAUCAACCGGAAGAAUUUCUAGCGAUGUAAUUGGAGAAGCCUUGAAAGCAUAUAUUUUGAAAAGAUUACCAGGGUUCGGCAAGGGAAUGAUCCAGUGUAGCGAUGUCGUAAAGAGUCGAUCAUUGUUGGAGACCAUUGUGUGGCUGCUACCCACUGAGAAAGGCAGUGUUUCCUGUAGUUUCUUGCUAAAAUUGUUAAAAGCAGCAACUUUGUUAGAAUGUGGUGAAAUCGGAAGAAGAGAGUUGUUGAGAAGAAUUGGCGAGCAGCUGGAGGCGGCUACAGUGACUGACCUUUUGAUUCCUGCCCCAGCAGGGCAGACAACAAUAUAUGAUGUUGAUAUAGUGCAGACCUUAGUUGGAGAGUUUGUGAUGCAUGAGCAGAGUGCUCAGACUGAUCUUCCAGUGGAAAAUGAAUUCCUGGAAAUCACAAGCCCUGGGUAUGUGUCUGAUGCCUCCAAGGUGAUGGUGGCUAAGCUAGUUGAUGGCUAUCUUGCCGAAAUUGCUCGGGAUCCCAAUCUACCUCUGUCCAAAUUUGUCAGUCUUGCUGAAAUGGUAUCAGGAUUUCCAAGACCAUCUCAUGAUGGACUUUACCGUGCCAUUGACAUGUAUCUCAAGGAACACCCUGGGAUCAGCAAGAGUGAGAGAAAGAGAAUUUGCAGGUUGAUGGACUGCAAGAAGCUGUCUGGCGAUGCCUGCAUGCAUGCUGUGCAAAAUGAGCGGCUCCCCUUGCGGGUUGUUGUUCAGGUUCUCUUUUUCGAGCAAGUUAGGGCUUCAGCAUCCGCUGGUGGUAGUACACCCGACCUCCCAACUUCCAUCAGAUCAUUACUCCCCAGUGGUUCAAACGAAAGCUCAAGGUCUGCAACUACCAACACAGAAGAGGACUGGGAUAAUGUAGCCACGGCAGAGGAGCUUAAGGCUUUGAAAGGGGAGCUUGCUACUCUGAAGUUAGGAGGUGUGGUUGGGGGAGGUGGCAGUGACAGGCAUGGACAUGAUGGUAAUAAAAACACUGAUAAGGUGGUUGCAAAUAAAAUGAAAGGUUUGGUCAUGUCGAAAAUCUUCUCAAAACUGUGGUCAAGCAAAGAGAGGCAUGGCGAAUGCAGCAGCUCCGAUACGUCAGAGAGUCCUGGAUCCGCAAAUGCAGAUGAAACAAAAUCCACCCCAUCCAGAAGUAGGAGGCAUUCAGUAUCUUAGUGAGGGGAAGGAGCCAAAUGGUUGGUCCAUUGCUUUGUAAAAUUAUGUCUGAACUGCGUUGACACUAGAAAGUUAGAACCUGCUGACGUCUUCCAGCUUAACUUUGGGAUGAACAGAAAAGGCUGAUCGGAAAACCUCGAGCAAAAGAGGCAUGUUGAUGAGGAAGAUCAAGCGGAUAUCUUUUGAAACAUCUAGUGAUUCACUUGUUGGCCCAAAGAAAUAUCCAAGUUCUUCCUUAUUUUUUCUUGGUCUCAGAUUAAAUAGGGGCUUUGGAUAAUGGCUCGGUUUUGUUCUACCAUGUGGAUAAAAGGGAAUGCUAGAUUUGUGUCUUUGGAGUCCACCCAUUGCCUUUAUAAUUUUAGGGUAUGUUGAGUGUUGGGAAGCCAUCCUAGUGUGUCUUGAAGGGUGUUCUAAUAUUGUGAAGGAGCCUCUAGACUUCACUGUUAAACUACUGGCAUCUAGUUAAAGCCACUGCACAAACUACAUAGAAGAAUGAUUAGGAGUUCUUGAGCACAACCCAAUUGCCUGAAUUGGUGUAUGAGGGGGUGUGAUCUGUAGAGACAGUAUCUCUGAUCUUAUGUUUGAAGAGGUAUUAGAUUUGGAUUUGUAUUGGAUUUGGGCAAGAUAUAAUAUAAAAUUGUAUUAAAAUUUGUCCAAA